AUGCAUGAUAUCACUUCUUUACCAUGUUAUAUCUGGGUUUCUUAUCAAAAGUCUCUUAGCAAUGAAUCAAAAAUGAAACUUGAUGAGCUAAAAACAUUUGGUUUUCAAAUUUGUAAUUACCAAAAUAUACAAGGAGACUUAUCUAUAAAUGAGUGGGAUAUUAUCAUAAUUCAGGUUAAGAGUCUUUUCCGUAUAGAGUUCACAACCCGUCCAUUUAUAGCUAUUCUUAAUGAAGUUAAUGCUAUUGUGCAUCAAAUGUCUAGUGAUACAAAUGCUCAAGAAUCUGAGAAUGCAAUACGUGAUGUAUUAAGAUCU